AGUUAUCAAGAAACUGGAAUCUCGUUCGUAUCAAGCAUCGAUAAAGUGUUGGUUGUUGGUCGGACCAUUAUUUCUAAAUACUAAAUACACAUUCGUAUUCCUUAAUUAACGACGAUGCCCACGUUUUCCCUCAAUAAACAUUUGUUGUUUUGUGUGAGGAAAAAUGUGGAGAAUGUUUUUAAAACUCAACUGAAAUACAGCACAGCAACACACACAUUGAAAGUCAUUGACAGAAUAAAAGAGAAGAGAGCAGAGGCUUUGCUUGGAGGUGGACAGAAAAGGAUAGAUACACAACACAAGAAGGGCAAAUUGACUGCAAGGGAAAGGAUCACACUCUUUUGUGACCAUGACAGUUUUGUGGAAUAUGAUAUGUUCGUUGAACAUUCUUGUACAGAUUUUGGUAUGGAAAAGCAGAAGUUUCCAGGUGAUUCGGUUAUAACCGGCCAUGGUUUGGUAAACGGCAGACCCGUGUACGUUUUCAGCCAAGAUUUCACUGUUUUUGGCGGCAGCUUGUCCAGCGCCCACGCCACCAAAAUAUGCAAAAUCAUGGACCAAGCGAUAUUAGUAGGAGCACCAGUAGUGGGACUCAACGAUUCUGGUGGCGCUAGGAUACAAGAAGGGGUAGCGUCUUUGGCUGGGUAUGCGGAUAUCUUCCAAAGAAAUGUAUUAGCCUCAGGAGUCGUACCCCAGAUUUCUCUUAUAAUGGGACCUUGUGCUGGUGGAGCAGUGUAUUCACCUGCCAUAACUGACUUCACGUUUAUGGUUGAAGAUACAUCAUAUCUUUUCAUCACUGGUCCAGAAGUUGUCAAGUCUAUCACUAAUGAGGACGUCAGCCAACAAGAACUUGGUGGAGCAAAAACUCAUACGUCGAUUUCAGGCGUUGCCCAUAAGUCAUUCGAAAAUGAUGUAGACGCGUUAUUACAGCUUAGAAACUUCAUGGGAUUCCUUCCACAGUCCAAUAAAUUUCCAGCUCCAAUCAGAGAAUGUGAUGACCCAUGUAAUUUAGAUGUACCGUAUUUAGACACUAUAAUCCCACCAUCCUCAACCACCCCAUAUGACAUGUUAGACGUUGUAUUGAGUUUGGUUGAUGAGAGAGAUUUCUUUGAGAUAAUGCCAAAAUAUGCCAAAAAUAUCAUUGUGGGCUUUGGAAGGAUGAAUGGAAGAACCGUGGGGAUCGUUGGUAACCAACCAAAAGUAGCAGCGGGUUGUUUGGACAUAAAUGCUUCUGUGAAGGCAGCUAGGUUCGUUCGAUUUUGUGACGCUUUCAACCUUCCCCUUAUAACUUUGGUAGAUGUUCCAGGAUUCUUGCCUGGUGUAACCCAGGAACAUAAUGGAAUCAUUCGACACGGUGCUAAGCUGUUAUAUGCUUAUGCCGAGGCCACUGUUCCAAAACUGACUGUAAUAACAAGAAAAGGCUAUGGAGGAGCUUAUGAUGUCAUGUCUUCUAAACAUUUGAGAGGCGACAUCAACUAUUGUUGGCCCACUGCAGAAGUAGCUGUCAUGGGUGCCAAAGGUGCUGUCACAAUUUUAUAUAAAGGCAAACCAGAUAUACAGGAGAGAGAAGCUGAAUAUAUCGACAAAUUCGGAAGUCCCUUUCCAGCAGCGCAGAGAGGAUUCAUUGAUGAUAUAAUUGAACCAAGAACGACAAGGUGGAGAUUGUGUAGGGAUCUGGAUUUAUUGGAAACAAAAAAAUUGGAGAAUCCCUCUAAGAAACAUGGAAAUAUUCCUUUGUAAGAUGAAUAAGUUAUGGCUUCGUUUCGAAAUACAUAAUUUCC